UUCACCCGCGGAUCGGUCCGCUGCUCGCCUAACGGGACCGUCCUGGAGCAACGGGCCCUGGGUCCCAUCUGCCCCGACCCGAGCGUCCAGCCAACCGCCUGCCGGGACGAGUGCCUCCACGUCCGCUGCCCGUUCAUCCCGGACGCCAUCUGCGUGGCCGAUCCUUGCGACGACUGCAAGGUGGCCUUCAUCGACGAACAGGGCCAGCGGCUUGAGUGCACCGAUCGCUGCAGCUAGCCGGCCGAGACGGGCCUUUGUUGGGCCCUUUUCCCCCGCUACUUUUACAACGUUUCUUCCCGAUCCUGCGAGGAAUUCAUUUCCGGCGGAUGCGAAGGCAACGAAAAUAAUUUCGAAUCCGUCCAGGAGUGCAGCCAACACUGCGAGAAACCAGUGAACGUGUGUGAAUUGCCCAAGGAGCCGGGCAUGUGCCGGGCGAAUUUCCCUCGCUGGGCUUAUAAUCCGGAGACUCAGCUGUGCGAGAAAUUCUCGUUCGGCGGAUGCGGAGGCAACGCCAACAACUUUCACAGUUACCAGCAGUGCGCCAGCCGCUGCCCGGACUUGGUCCUCUGCCCGCAGCAGUCGCCGAUGCUGGGCGAGAUCAAGUCGUGCAGCCGUAACGAGGCCUGCGCCGGACAGACGUGCGCCAACCAUCCGGAAGCUGCUUGCUCCGUCGAUCCCUGCACCUGUCAGGCCGUCUUUGUCGGCGCAGACGGACAGGCCGUCAAGUGCCUGGCUCAAGUCGAGCCGGCCGUCCUCCAAGCCGAGCCCCGCCACGCCUUCCACGACGUCCAGCCGGAAGUCAAAGAGUCGACGACAACAACAACCACGACAACAACUACCACCACCAGCCCAACAACCACCACAACAACAACGACGGAAGCCCCAACAACAACGACGACAACUACAAAAACAGUGGGUCUAUCUCCUGCCCAGCAGCGCGGUAAAUCGCUGGCCCAUCCGCACUACACCCGGUGCCAGAAGAUGCGGCAGACGCAACUGAAGGAAGGCGGUGGCGGCCAGAGCGGCGAAUUGAUUCCGGAAUGCGACCACCUGGGCCGGUUCCAGCCGAUCCAGUGCCUGCCGGCCAAGUCCAACAGCGGCCAAGUCAGCUGCUGGUGCGUCGACGAAGCCGGAAAUCAGGUGGCCAACACCACCCAGUUCCUCCCCGGAGACAUGCCGUCUGGUGCCAGUGAUGGUCGUGGCGAUGACCCUGGGAUUCCCGGCCAUGGACCACGCCCAGGAGCAAAUGGAGAAGGAAGUGCGUCAGCAGGUGGGCGAGAUCCUCAACGGCCUGUCGGCCCGCACCAUGGAGUCGACCCUCCAGGUCAAAUCCCGGCAGGACGGAACGGUCCUGACCUUCACGCUGGUCGGCGACAACAAGAUCGACGUCGCCUCCCACCUCGAGGAUAUGGUGAAAUCGGGCCACUUUGCGCUGGAAAUGGACGGGCACACGAUGCCCUCCGACAGCAUGUCGUCGAAAUUCUACCACAAACUCGACUCGACUCAUCUCAGAGUGGCCGCCACUAAAGAGGAGAGCAGCGACCUGCUGUACCGCAGCCUGGAAACGCGGGAAAUUCUGGCCUAGGCCCUGGACAUCGAGGCCCCUUACCUGGCCAUUAUUGUCGUUUUGUCGGUGCUGGCCAGCAUUCUGGUUUGCGGGUUCAUCAUCGGACUGGUCCUCCAUCGCCGCCGCACCACCGGCGCCUACCCGAAAGAUUCCAGCUCGACGCUGGCCUCGCCGCCCAAGCCCAGCAAAGGCGGCUCCGACAAGUCGGACGUCGUGCCCAGGGGUUUCCCGCGCGUCGGAAUCAAUCCGUCCGACGUCGUCCAGAUGCCCCAGCUCUCGCCCACCGUGCCCAGGAGCAAACGACAGACCCGCAACGCCGAGGCUUGGUGAAACAAUUCAAUUUAAUAAACCCCCGCGAAAUUCAAAAAAUUGAAUUUUAUUUUUCAAAAAAGACUCGGAAGAAAGUCGAGCUAUGCUCGAGUGUGAAAAAACACCACCAGAUAUAAAUUUUUGUGUACUAAUCUUUGAAUAAAAAAACAAAACAAUGUAAAUAACUUUGAUAUCCCAAUGAUAUAAAAUACGAAACAAAACAAAAAAAGAAAAUGAAAAUUCUAACAAACGCAAACGAUUGGAGACUUAUUAUUUUUGAUACUUUUUAUUUCUGAUUUAUGUUUCUUCUUUAAAAAGUGAUUUGUCUUUUUAUUCCCGGAGCGAAUUCCGUUUUUCCCCCUUUGUGUGUGGGUGUGAUUGUAUAGGGCAUUAUACCUAUUGAUGACCUAUAUAACAAUUUUAGGCUGGUCUCUAUUUAUAUAUAUACAAGGGAUUGAAAAUCUGAAUUUCCUCCGGCUGCUGUCCAUCUCUUUUUUUGUCUGUUUUUAUUUUGUAACGAAAGAGAGAGACGUCUUAUACAACUACAUGCGGUGAUGCAUUCAAAAAUUCAGCAUGAAACAAUACAUGUGAAAUAGAUAAUAA